CACAGUUCCACACACUCUCUCUUUCUCUCCAAUCUCGGAUCACCAUUCGAGCACCACCUUUUCUCUCCCUUUUCUUUUAUUAAUUAAUGUGAUAAUAUUUAAUCUAUUAUUAUUAUUAUUAUUAUUAUUAUUAAUUUAUUAUAUGUUUUUUUACUUUAAUAAAUUAAUUCGAAGAGUCCCCUUCGCUUCUUCCUCUUCCUCUCUUCCGUGCUCAGCCCCUCCGUCGCGCCGCUCGAUGAGCGCCACGUGGCUCGCCGGAGCGUAGAUGAGUCCCCGUCCGCCGUCCGAUCUAUGGACCACCGCGUGGCCCCUCCUCCCUCCUCCUCCGGCGGCGGCGGCGGCGGCGGCGGCUCCUCCGGCGGCGCCCUCCGCCGGCGACUCCUUCGGCGACAAUCUUAGGGGCUUCCUCCUCGCCGUCGCCUCGAGCGCCUUCAUCGGCGCCAGCUUCAUCGUCAAGAAGAAGGGCCUCAAGCGCGCCGGCGCUGCCGGAUCCCGCGCCGGUAUUGGAGGAUACGGGUAUCUUCUAGAGCCGCUGUGGUGGGUUGGAAUGGUCACGAUGAUUAUUGGAGAAAUUGCUAACUUUGUGGCAUACAUCUUCGCUCCCGCGGUUCUCGUGACGCCGCUCGGUGCUUUGAGCAUCAUUGUGAGUGCUGUUCUGGCGCAUUUUAUUCUGAAGGAGAAGCUGCAGAGGAUGGGGGUGUUGGGCUGUGUCCUCUGCAUCGUCGGAUCGACGGUGAUCGUGCUUCACGCUCCCGAGGAGAAGAGCCCGAGCUCCGUGGAACAGAUUUGGGAUUUGGCUACACAGCCUGCCUUUCUUCUGUACGCGGCUUCGGCGGUGGCUAUAUCCCUAGUUCUAAUGCUGCACUGUUCUCCGCGAUAUGGACAAACAAACGUGAUGGUGUACGUGGGCAUAUGUUCUGUCAUUGGAUCUUUGACGGUUAUGAGCAUUAAAGCCAUUGGGAUUGCGAUAAAGCUCACUAUAGAGGGAAUUGACCAGGCGGGUUAUUACCAGACAUGGGUCUUUGCUAUGGUUGCCAUCUCUUGCAUCAUAAUCCAGCUAAAUUAUCUGAACAAGGCAUUAGACACUUUCAACACUGCAGUAGUUUCUCCUAUAUACUACGCCUUGUUCACUACCCUAACAAUUCUUGCAAGUGCCAUUAUGUUCAAGGACUGGUCUGGACAAAGUGCGAGCAGUAUUGCAUCGGAGCUCUGCGGGUUUGUUACAGUGCUUUCUGGUACCGCAAUACUACAUUCCACGAGAGAACCCGACCCGGCUUCCUCAACAGAUUUGUAUACACCACUCUCGCCCAAAAUAUAUUGGCAUAUACAAGGGAACGGCGAAUUCGUGAAGCAUAAGAACGACGACUUGUUAUCUGGGGACUUCAUCGCCAUGGUGCGGCAAGAUUACUUCGUUUAGCAGAAAUUCUUCAGAAAUACAUAGUGGCUUUUAGUUGCUUUAUUAUGUGUUAUUUGUCUCUGUAUCUUCUUAUUGUCAUCCUUGCAUUUGCAUAUAAUGUAGCUUUUUGCUUUUCUUUUUCUUUUUUUUUUUUGUUUCCCCCUUUUGGUCCCUUGGUUAUAUUUUACUUAGGGUGUAAUCUUUUUCCUAUUUUUGGUUUCUCAUUUGAUUGCCAAGUUUAUUUUUGCAUCAGUUGUUCUGUUCUUUUUAGACUUUGCGGGAGAAAUAGUCUAGUCUUUGUGAUUUGAGUAUGUAAAAUUUGAUGUAUUUUGUACA